GAGAGAAAGAGGGCGGGCGGGCGCGACGCAAGGGGCCGGCCGCGGGAGCGCGCGUCGCCGGCUCCAGGCUCCUCCCUUGGCGAAGGGGCUGCGCGCUCGGGAGGCGAGAGAGCCCUUGAUGGAUUGAGCCGCAGUCGCUGGGCGGGCGGGCGAGGCUGCCGGGCUGCCGGGCGAUGCAGGGGGAGCGGCUGCCGGCCCGGCCCGCCGCUGGAGGCAGCUGAGCCGGGGAGGGGCGCAGCGCCGGCUUUGUUCGCAGCCUCCGGGUGGCUCUCGGCGGGACGCCUCUCCUGCUCUGCACCGGGGCCGGGAUGGCUGGCGGCGGCGGCGGCUGGGCGUGCUAAUCGCCGGCCGUCGGGGCAGGGGCCGGGUGGGGCCCCGCUCGGCUCCCGGUCCUGCCGCCCCUCUGCACCCCCUCCCCUUCCCCGGCGCGCCGCCAUGGGGAACCUCUCCUCCAACAUCUCGGCCUUCCAGUCGCUGCACAUCGUCAUGCUGGGCUUGGACUCGGCGGGCAAGACGACGGUGCUGUACCGGCUGAAGUUCAACGAGUUCGUCAACACGGUGCCCACCAUCGGCUUCAACACGGAGAAGAUCAAGCUGAGCAACGGCUCGGCCAAGGGCAUCAGCUGCCACUUCUGGGACGUGGGCGGCCAGGAGAAGCUGCGGCCGCUGUGGAAGUCCUACAGCCGCUGCACCGACGGCAUCAUCUACGUGGUGGACUCGGUGGACGUGGACCGGCUGGAGGAGGCCAAGACGGAGCUGCACAAAGUCACCAAGUUCGCGGAGAACCAGGGCACGCCCUUGCUGGUCAUCGCCAACAAGCAGGACCUGCCUCGCUCGCUGCCCGUGGCCGACAUCGAGAAGCAGCUGGCCCUGCACGAGCUCGGCCCGGCCACCGCCUACCACGUCCAGCCCGCCUGCGCCAUCAUCGGCGAGGGCCUCACCGAGGGCAUGGACCGCCUCUACGAGAUGAUCCUCAAGCGCCGCAAGAGCCUCAAGCAGAAGAAGAAGCGGUAGGCCAGGCCCGGGACUCCUCCGCGCUGCGGCACCCCCACGUGCCUGGCCGGGAGGACCGAGGAGGAGGAGGCCCCUGGGACCGCGGGAGGGGGUGGCCUCCUGGCUGGCCGGCCUUCGUGGGGCGAGGAGCCCGGGCCCACCUCAGCCCCCCACCCCCACCCCAGGCCCGGCCACUGAGGAGCGACCCUCCCCUUGAGACCAUUUCUUUCUAGCAGGGCUAGAAGCUGGGCGGGAAUGAGGUGGCUUCGACCAGCUGCUGCUGCUGAGGGGGGAACUGAUAGACAUUAUUGCCUCAUUGCCACCCCCCUGCAACAAAACCCCCUCUUGAAGAUGGCACUGGGAAUAAAAUGGGAGAUGGACGCCGGGUGUCAUGACAGGGCCGGACUCUGUUGCCACUGGAGGAAGGUUUGGUGCUCCCACAGGUCAUGUGCGCACGAAGAGCCAGAGUGGAGAGAUAUUUGGGGGGGGGGGGGGCGAUGCUGUGAUUUGAGGUGGGGGGGGGGUGAGGGCUUGAUACAUAAAACGCACAUUGAAGAAAAAAAAAAGGAAAUCCGGUGCUCGCCUUGUGGCUCUUUGUUGGAAGACUGAGAAAGGGGCUUCCCCCACACAAAGGGGUGGCUUCCCAGGCCUGCCAGUAAGCAAACUGGGUGAAAUCGGUGAAUGGGGGGGCCAAGUGGUUUGUAUACUCAGUGGGAAGCGUCCUCUUUCAUUUGAGGGGGGGGAUGACCCCCACCGGAGCCAGAAGGUGGAGGUGGGGCUUUCCCCCCUUUGCAGGGUGUCAAAAAGCGUGGCCAGAAGGUGGGCCGCGUGGGCCGUCCUGCCAGGGGCACCCGUGAAUUUCCUAGAGGAAAAAAGAGAAUUCUGUAUCUUAAUUGUGUGUGAUGUGAGUGGCAGGUGUGUCGGUGGGCAGCCGCAGCUGCCUGGUGCUGCAUUUGGAACAUUUUGCUGGGAAGAGCCCGGGUCUUUCUUCGUGACGAGCCCUUGCACUGUAGCAAUAACCAGGAAAACUGUUGUCUUAUAUGCCUACUCAGUGAAAUGUCCAACUGCAGGCAUAUUGUGUUAAGUUUUGUUUUCUUUUUCCCCCACAUUGCAUUGGAAGAGGUAGAGCUGCAUUUCAGUUGCAUAUUCAUAUCCUGUUCUGGUGAACUAGAGCACACACACCCCCUCCCUGGAGCAAGGUGCGCGGGGGGGGGGGGGGGGAACC